AUUUGACGAGCCCUUGCCAGAUUGAUCAUCAGUAGCCUCACAGGGGUUUCCCAGAUUUCGGGCACUCCUCACCGAUUUCUUCUUUGUAUAUCCCGGAAAAUGCAUCAGCGUUCAUCAAUCCGUCUCUGCAAAUUGAUUUUCAGACACCCUUUUCGGCCAUCUUCAAAACCCAUGUCUACAUUCUCCAAGAAUCCCUUCACGUCUCCGGCAAACCAAUGCUCUUUACACUCAUUUUCGCUCUUAAACCCUAAGAUAAACCCCUUUUUUCUUCAGUCAUUGAGCUCAAGCUCAUCGACCCAGCUCAAGAAAUUCCAAAGUCUAAGACUUUACAGUGCUGAAACCGACAAAGAAGUUGAUACAAUUAAUAUCAAGUUUGCAGAGGCCAGGGAGGAGAUAGAAUCUGCUAUGGAAUCUAAAGAAACUGUGUAUUUUGAUGACGAAGCUGAGUGUGCACGUGCUGCUGUUAAGGAAGUCUUAGACUUGUAUGAAGGGCUGCUGAGAAAGUUGCCUGAGAAUGAGAAGGCAGCAAUUCAGAGGUCCAUGGGGCUCAAGAUUGAGCAGUUGAAAGCUGAACUUGAACAAUUGAAUGAGUAGUGAGGUAGAUUUAAUUGGAAAUUUGUGCUGAUUGUUGUUUGAAUCAUUAAUUCAAUUUUGUAUUCUGUUAUGGAUGAAAUGAAAUUAAUUCUAGUC